UUUCUUUGAUAUCUUUUAAAGUUCCCUGAACGGUCACCCUUUGCAUAACAAUAUUCACAUUUUUUGUUUCAUACAUUUUGUAUAAAUUUAUCAAAUAAAAGGAUGUCUCUGUCGCCAGCCAGUGGCAUUGGUCGCUUCUAUGCCAAGUCGGCGAAAAUUAUACGAUUCGUGCGCCUGGGCUGCACAAACCGCCCUUUUUACCACAUUGUAGUCAUGGAGAGGCGCAAGAAUCAGCACCAGCCUGUCAUAGAGCAGGUGGGCUCCUUUGAUCCCCUGCCUAACGAUUUCAAUGAGCGUUUGGUUGCCCUAAACACCGAGAGAAUUCGCUUUUGGUUGGGAAAAGGUGCUCACUUGUCUACGCCGGCUGCAGAGCUCCUGGGAAUCGCCGGACUACUGCCCAUCCACCCACGCACCUACAUGUCCGCCUGGCGGAACCGGAGAGCAGCCGCCGAAGCGGAGGCCACAGCUGAAAAGGCGGAAUCAACCGCUUAAAGAUCGCAGUUCUUCAAUAAAAACCUCGUUUUCGUUUUACAAUUAA